UGUGUUACUGCCAAGAAAUUUCUGGUACUGGGCAUAUUAUAGUUGGCCUCCUCAACUAAUAUAUAGCCCAACUCUUGUCUCCCAAUUCCACCACGAGCACUCUCAUUUCUCUCUUCAUAACCAAUCCUCCUUUUUCUUCUAUAUUAUCUGCUUCUGCUCGUUUCAUCAAAAUUCUAGCCUACAUAUUCAAGAAAGCCACCAAGAGCUAGCUCCCCAAAACAAUGGCUGCUUGUAUUGCUAAUUCAAGAAGUGAAACUUCCAGUACUGAUCCAUUUACUUUAGACUCCAGCAAGUGCCAAAUUAGUACUCGUUGCAGGACCCAACUUUGCAGACUCAAUUUGUCAAAUCUGGUUUCUGGUAAAACCAGCAACUGGGGUGGGAAGAAAGUCUCAAAUUCAUCAAAAACCACUCUGCAUGAUGAGGAUGAAGAUGGGUUGUGGUUGAAAAUUCAAGAGGAAGCUUUACAUGAUUUAGAACAAGAGCCUAUCUUGUUCAAGUACUACUACUCAUCAAUAUUGUCGCAUGUUUCACUAGAGAGUGCAUUAGCGAGUCACCUAGCCAUGAAGUUAAGCAAUGCACAUAUUGCUAGUGAUGCACUGAUGGAAGUUUUCUUAAGCGUUUUUCAUGAAGAUCAUGAGGUCAGGAGAGCCAUCAGAGAUGAUCUCAAGGCUGUAAGAGAACGAGACCCAGCUUGCAUCAGUUAUGUUCAUUGCUUGUUGAAUUUCAAAGGUUUCCUUGCAUGCCAAGCUCAUAGGGUGGCACAUAAAUUGUGGUCACAAGGUAGGGCUGUCAUGGCACUUCUAAUUCAGAGUAGAAUAUCCGAGGUUUUUGCAGUAGACAUCCAUCCUGGAGUGAAAAUCGGACGGGGAAUAUUACUUGAUCAUGCCACCGGAAUUGUGAUUGGAGAGACGGCAGUCAUAGGUGACAACGUUACAAUUCUACAUAAUGUGACACUAGGUGGUACAGGAAAAGUUUAUGGGGAUAGGCAUCCUAAGAUAGGUGAUGGGGUUUUAAUAGGUGCAGGAACUAAGGUUUUGGGUAGUAUAAGAAUUGGAGAAGGGGCUAAAAUUGGUGCAGGGUCAGUGGUUCUAAAGGAGGUGCCUCCUAAGACUACAGUUGUUGGAAACCCAGCUAGAUUGGUUGAAGGGAAAGAGAAACUUGUCAUAUGAGACAAUUGUUGGAGGAUCAUCAGUUGAUCUCCAACAAUAAGAUGUUAAGAUUCCUCAUAUUUUGGGAGGAUCUGAGUUUUUGAUAGAUUAUUAUUGAGAGCCCUUUAACUUUCUUUGUAAUGUAAAAUAUCUUCGUGCACUCUGUUUUAACAUGUGGUGGUUUGUAUUU